CACACAACUUCAAAUCCUUCAGGUUUCAGUUCUGUUUCUUACUUCCCCUAAUGGGUGGCCAAAGUUGUCCUAAUCCGAUCGAAAACGCAGUUAAUGGAGGUGGUAGUGUGACUACAGAGUCCAUUUAUUUCGAUCAAGACUCCAACUGCAUAGGAGAUGUCUCUUGUACUACUUUCAACAUUCUCGCGCCCAUUUACAAGCGAUUGAAUGGUGUGAGUUGUGAAAGUGAGUUCAGGGAGUAUUGGCUUAGUCGUAAUGAGUGCAUAUUGGAUAGGCUACUAUACCUAAAAUCCUCAAUUAUAUGCUUACAGGAAUUUUGGGUUGGGAAUGAGGAGCUUGUAGGAUUGUAUGAGAGGCGACUCAGUGAUGCUGGUUAUGCUACUUACAAGCUUGCAAGGACAAACAACCGUGGUGAUGGUCUACUUACUGCAGUACACAAAAACCACUUCCAAGUUCUCAAUCACAAAGAAUUGCUAUUCAAUGACAUCAUGGGUGAUCGUGUAGCUCAACUUCUGCAUGUUCAACUGAUUAUGAAUUUCUCUCAAAACAAAACUGUUGACAUUGAAAAGGAAGCUCUUGUUGUGAAUACACACUUAAUGUUUCCUCACAACUCUCGUUAUUGCUUCCCUCGGCUACAACAGGUGUACAAGAUUUUGCAGUACAUUGAAUCAUUUGGUGAAGAAUACCAACUUCCGCCUGUGCCUAUCAUACUGUGUGGGGAUUGGAACGGGAGUAAAAGGGGUCAUGUCUAUAAAUUUCUGCGCUCACAAGGCUUUGUAUCAUCUUAUGACAUUGCUCAUCAUUACACUGAUAGUGAUGAAGAUGCCUAUAAGUGGGUUAGUCACCGGAACCACAGAGGAAACAUAUGUGGAGUGGAUUUUAUAUGGCUAUAUAAUCCUGACAAUCACCGAAAGCCAUUGAAGGAAAGCUUCAUGGAAGCUGUUCUUGGAAAUAUUAAGAAUCAUCUUCAUGAUAAUGGCAGAGACAUCACUUAUACCCAAUUUCUUCAAACUUUCAGUCAGUUAGGCCUAACCCGACAUCCUUUCAAUGUCCUUAGUACUGAAGAAAUAAAGGAGUUGUGGGACCAUGUUGACACCAAUGGAGAUGGGGUGAUUGAAUAUUCACUCUUGGAUCAGAGCGCAUGGAACCCAUGCACAUUCAACCAGAAAAAAGAGAGCAUUGAAGAAUCUAAAGAGAGAGGAACACAAGCAAUCGUGUCAAACACUGCAACUACUAUAGGUUUCCAAAUUAAGAAUGCUGUUCUCUUUCCUCCAGAAGUAGAAACAGGGAAAUGGCCUGAGAAUUAUUCCUUGUCUGAUCAUGCACUUCUUACUGUGGAAUUUUCCCCCGUGACAAUGGAGUGUUGUUUAUAGUUGACAAAAUCUGUGCUAGUCCACAUGAGUAGUUGCAAACUGGUAAUGGUAAUGUUAUUACUUAAAUUUUUUCUAAUUGCUGUGAUUACCUCUCUUUAAUCUUCCUGGUGCAUUUAUGAUUUCCAAAACCAGAGUUGGGAAUAAACUUGUUAUGCUUACCUC